AUGCCCGGGAAACUCAAAUCCAUCGCCAUUUUGGCAGUGCUCCUCCUCGCCGCCACCCCCCCUCUGGCGGCCGCCGACGACACCAUCCCCUCGAACAAGGCCCAGGUGUCGAGCUGGUUCCAGAGCAGCGUGAAGGCGGCGUCCGCCCGCAAGGGCACCCUCGACCCCGACCUCGCGGCGGCCGAGGAGAAGAUGAAGGUGAUCAAGGUGAGGAAGGACGGCGGCGGCGAGUUCAACACAAUCAUGGCUGCCAUCAACAGCAUCCCCGCCGGCAACAAGGAGAGAGUGGUGAUCUCUAUCGGCGGUGGCGUGUACCAGGAGAAGAUCAUGAUCCCCCGGACCAAGCCCUUCAUCACCUUCUAUGGCGCUCCCAAUGCCAUGCCGACGCUUGUUUACGGCGGCACAGCGGCGCAGUACGGCACCGUCAAUAGCGCUUCGGUGAUCGUCGAAUCGGAUUACUUCAUGGCGACCAACAUCGUCUUCAAGAACUCGGCGCCAUUGCCGAAUGGGAAAACAGGGCAGCAAGCACUAGCGCUGAGGAUAACAGGGGACAAAGCGGCAUUCUAUCACUGCAGGUUUAUAGGGUUUCAGGACACGCUGUGCGAUGACAAGGGCAAGCAUUUCUUCAUGGACAGCUACAUUGAAGGCACUGUUGAUUUCAUCUUUGGAAGCGCAAAGUCCAUCUACUUGAACACAGAUUUGUACGUGCUGAACUCCGGUGGAUUCACAAUGUUAACGGCGCAUGCAAGGAGCAGCCCGUCCGAGGACACUGGUUUCUCCUUCGCCCACUGCAGCAUAAGCGGCACCGCCACCGACGCCGUCUUGGGCAGGGCAUGGAUGCCCAGCCCCCGCGUCGUCUUCUCCUACACCCAAAUGAGCAACGUCGUUAGUGCCGGUGGUUGGUCCAACAACUUCCACCCCGAACGCAACAAGACUGUUUUCUUUGGGGAGUACAUGAACACAGGGCCAGGGGCAAAUAGGGCAAAGAGGGUAACUUUCUCAAAGGAGCUGAGUUCAGCAGAGGUGCAGCCAUUCCUCAAGCUGGCGUUCAUCGAAGCGGACAAAUGGCUGCUUCCUCCCCCACACGUGUAA